AUGAAUCAACGAACAACUGCUGCAGUUCGAAGACAAGCCGAAUAUACAACACCAUCCGAAGUGGUAACUGGAGUAAGACAAGGGGCAGUGACAGGAGCCUUCCUGUUCAACUUCGCUAUCGACGACAUCAUACAAAGAACAGUCGAUCAGUGUCCUGCCGAGAUCGUCUUAGCACCAUCAGGGUGCCCCUUGGCUGAUAUCGAGUACGCAAAUCUCAAAUCGUGA